AUGUCACUUAUAUUCCUACAUAAAUUAUCAAUAUUAUUAUUAUUAUUAUUUCUACUGAAAAGUACUAGACCUACUUUAAAUCUCUUCAAGCAAUGUGAAAAAAUUCCCAAAGUUGAACGUUUAGAUUGUCAUCCUGAUCAACAUGCAAGUCGUAGUGUAUGCGAAUCUCGAGGUUGUUGUUGGAUUCCAAAACCUAUAUUAGAUGAUGAUGCAUUGCCAAUAUGUUUUUUUCCAAAAUCCUAUCCAACUUAUCAAAUUUAUUCAAGUCAAAAAACUGAACGUGGUUUGAUUGCUCAAUUGUAUAAAUCAAAUCCAAAAUAUUAUCGAAAUGAAAUAAAAAAUAUUUCAUUUGAACUGAGACAAGAAACAUCAACUAGGCUACGUUUACGAUUUACUAUACCAUCACAAUUAAAUAGAUGGGAACCAUCUAUACCGUUAGGACGAUUAGAAGAUACUCCAAUAGCAAAUGUGCAAUAUAAUGUUUCAAUGGAGAGUUCACCUUUUGGAUUGAAAGUAAGUAUAUGUAUACCCAUUAAAGUACUGGUAAUAUUACUUUGUCUAAAGAGGUGGUUUGUAUCGAUUUUCUCGACUUCAAGCCAGUUUCCUUAA